AUGAGGGCAGUCACUACCUACUCAAGUACUCACAAGUCACAGUCACUGUCAUUCUUGAUUAUAGUUUUCAGUCGCGUUUUAGUCGGUGGGGUAGGGCGAGAUAUUGAAGUUUUCAAAUAUAAAUUAUUUUUAAAUAAAACUGACUAACAAUAAAGACAUGAAAUAAACUGUGGCGGUGAAUAAUAACUCGUACGACAGUUUUAACAAUAAUAUAUAUAUAUUGUCAUACACAAUUAGACAUUUCCGGGCAAUGCAGUCCGUGCUAUCCAGGAGGUAUUUAUAUUAAAUUUAAAAAGUGUGAUUUGUGUUCAUCGAAAUGGGAAAGCUGUUGAGUCUUUUGGCUAGAGACGAUUCGAACUGUUGUUCGUCGCCCCGUUACGAUAUAUUUUUGGAUUUCGAGAACGCAGCACCUACAGAUACGGAGCGGGAUGUUUAUGAGGAAGUGCAGAGAGUUCUGUUUGAUUCGGAUAAGAUACUUGAAGAAAUCCAGUGUUACAAGGGCGCAGGGAGAGAGAUAAGGGAAGCUAUAGCCGAUCCCUCGACUAUUACCCAGGAGAGGGCCUGGCGUGCCGUCAAACCACUGGUGGAUAAGCUUCUUAGGUUCUACAACCACUCUUUGGAACUACAGCGGGUAGUGCCCCGCCUCUUGGGAUCGCUUGUUGGGGGAUCGAUGAGCCCCACGCAGCAUCUGGAACAACAGCAGGCGCUAGUGAAACAGUUCGCUGAAAUAUUGGAGUUCGUGCUUAAAUUCGACGAGCAUAAAAUGAAAACGCCAGCUAUCCAAAAUGACUUCAGCUACUACCGAAGAAUUGUAUCACGCGGUGGCCUCAUCAACGCCGAUCUACCUCCAGGCGAAGAGCCACACAUAGGCGCAGAAUACGCUAACCGAAUGUCACUUUUCUACGCACAAGCGACGCCGAUGCUCAAAGUGCUGUCAGAAGCAACCAGCCAGUUUGUAAACGACAACCAGCAAGACCUAGAGAAUACGACCGAAACUCUUAGUACGAUGGCCAAAGUGUGUUUGAGGAUGUUAGAAAAUCCGAAAUUAGUCGCCCAAUUUAGUCGGGAGGAGACGUCGCUUUUGGUACUCCGAGUGAUGGUAGGUUUGAUAAUUUUGUACGACUGGGUGCAUCCGUCUGGAGCUUUCUGUCGUUCCUCCUCCGUAGAUGUCAAAGGUUGCGUGAAGUUCCUACAACAGCAACCGCCACCUAAAGCGGAACCUUUGUUAAACGCCCUUAGAUAUACAACAAAACAUUUGAACAGUCAAUCCACUCCGAAGAAUAUAAGAGCCUUGUUGGCCGCGUGAGGACACCACUCCAGCCUUGCAUGUUGCUGUGGGGAAUGAUGUGACAAUAAAACUAGUGGGGAUUUCUCGUUGGCAUUUAUUUUGCUCUAUUUUUAUUACCAAUCUCUUUUGUUGUAGCUUGAUCUUGAAACUAGAAAUACUGGGAACUACUGGGUUCCAAUAUCUAAACAUAUUUUAAUGCACUAUAAAGUGGCACGCUAAAACUUGGCUUAUUAGCCAACCCGAGUUAAGUCUUGCGUUGCACACCGUUGUGAAUGGUCGUGUUCACUGUGUUAGUUUCCGAUGAAAGAAACGAUGCCUGACAUACUUGCACUCAUUAUUCACGUCAAAUGAAAUUUAAUAAGUUAAAUGAUUGCCAUUUAUUUAUUCAGAUUCGUAUUACACUCUUCAAAUAAAUUCAAUAUCUUUGUUUACUUGUCUACUGUUAAUAAGGUUUUGUUUUCGUUUGCAACCAAAUUAGGAUUGAAUUUUUUGAUUGUUUGUUAUUUAUCGAGUUUAAAAUAUGAUUAUGGUAUUAAAGUCAAUUAUUUUUCCAGCGUUGGAGCUAUAAAAGAAUUUAUUUUCACUUGAGAUCAAGCUGCAACGAAAUUAUGUUAAUUAUAAAUAGUAGGUAGAUAUUAAAUGUUGUAGUUAAUGAUAUUAUUUUAUUUCAGUAACUCAUUCAAAGUAACUCCUAUAUACGUAUAGUUGAAUGGUACUUUUUUAAAAUUAAUGUUGCGUUUUUUUUUGUUAACAUUUUCAUUGAAUUACGUUUGUUUAUUUGAACGUAAACAUUCAGGUACAAGUCAAUCUGUCAAAUUUUUUGAAGAUGUCAAAUUUUGACGUUUGGUCCACCUUAAAAGAUGACAGUUUUACGUGGAAGUGUGCGCUAAUUUUCAUGAAGACACACUAGAGGCUACUAAAAGUUAAUUAAUUUACCGAAGUGUGAUGCCUCGUAAAAAUUUUGGCACUAUGACACCAUGAAACUGGGAUCUGAACAGGGAUAUUGACUUCUGCCGCCAAGCAGAAUAGCUGUGUUCCGGUCUUGAGCGAUCGUCGCCGGUAUAAUUGAGGGCACAUGAGGCCUAACAUUUACGCCUUAUGUCGAUGGACACAGGACGGCAUUUUGUAGGACCUGUUCCUGGCAUGCCCUGCGUGGUUCUGCUCUGUUUAUCGGUGAUGGUUAUCCUAUUCACCACCAUCACAUCACCUUACCUAUAGCUUUAAAAAAAAGUAACCUUCAGUGAAAGCAAAAUAUGUACUCUUAGAAUAGAAAUAGCAGCAUGUCUAAGCCGUUUACUGGAUUCAGCAAAUUCAGUCUUGAUGCUGACGUAUCUCGGAAGUUUAUCAGCAUCAUCGUUUUUUUGUUUUCGCAGUUAAUUUGAAUGAGUUAUACAUACAAUACUACUGAGAUAAUCUAUUGAAAAUUAAACUACUUUAUUAUAAAAUUAUGUGUUACUUUAUUAAAAGUAUUAAGGCCCAAAAUAUAUCAGUGAAAUGUAUGUUGUGUACAUAGAUUACCUCAAAUGCGUGAUUGCAGGUUUGCAGUUAUUUUUCAUAAUGUUAAAUUAUGUAAUAUAGGAAUUUUUCAUGGCUAUUGUUCUUGUGAAAAGCAGAGGCGGUUCGGUUAGGCGGAGAUAUAGCACAGUAAGGAGUCUUAACACAGUGGGAAUGAGUGGGAAAGUUACAUUUAAGCUAUCUAACGUGUACUAUUAAAAAUAAAAAAUAAAAUUAUAUUAAGUUUGGUGUUCAAGAAGCAUCCUAUAUCAAGUGUUAGUUGUGACGCGGCAUUAUCAAUUCAAUUAAUGGAAUAGCAACUUAAAUUGAUCAGAAAUUAAUGUUUUAAUUUAAAUUUUCUUGAAACUGCAAGCUUGAGGCUAGAGAAACGAGGCUACUCCGGCUGCUCUUUCCAAUUGUUUUACAUGAUUUAACUUCGCGCGUAUACCAGUAACAAUAUAGCAAUUAUUCUUGUUUGAAUGACUGUACGAACUCUUUCGACUGAGCUUUAUAAGAGAAUAUACCUAUUCGUGAUCCCACUUCUGCUUAUCAUAUGAACAAAGUUUUUACACUAAAAAGUGAUACUUUAAAUAUAUCUCGGUGUAUGUUCGUAAUAAAUAGAGACACUCUAUUAGAUAAAAUAACUAGACAUUGCUUGAAAAGCGAAUAUUCUGCGAAAUUAUUUUUGAGAAAUCUUUCCCUUACCCCACAAAUAUGCAAGGUGUAUGUAGGUAGAUCUAGAUUUGUACGUAUGCAAUAACACUAAUACCCGACCACUGAAACGGUUCUUAAAAUUUAAGCACUCUUUAACUUUUAAUGUUAGUAAAAUAAUAGAGCACUCAAAUAUUAAGUGUCGUUUCAGUGUUCAGCCGUAACAGAAUUUAUUCAGUCACUUUGUAAGUUAAUAUUAGUUUUUAAACGUUAAAGUAAUA